AUGGCCAUAUCCCCAGCCCCAAUUCCCGUAAUGCUCCGCUUCUUCCACUUGUCCACCCCAAUUCUCAUCGACCCUUGCAUUACCCACGACGCCCUCCUCCGUCUAAUCCAGAACGAGAUCCAAUCGCGAAGCCCACACCUAACAGAAGGCUUUACAUUUGGGGGCCUGGAGAUCCUCUGGGACCAGACGACGGGGCCAGGGAAUACGUUCCCACGGUCGUCGCCGCUCGAUCAGUAUAACUUGCAAGCUACGUUAUCUUUGUUGAGGGUGAGGCAGGGAAGAGAUGCUGUAUGCUUGAAGAUUGCGCAUGUCAAGGGGGCGGUUAUGAGGCUUGUAUGA